GGAAGUUUGUAUUUUUAGCACCUGCGCAUGGAAGCGCGGAAGUCCAAAUCUUACUUCCGUAUUGGGGGUGUGGUCAAAGCAAAACAAUGGCAAAUGUACAAGUGUGCGAUAUACAUGCAGAUGUAUUAGCUCUCCUGAAUAAGUUCAAAUUUAGAAGAGAGAAAAAUGUAGCUGCAAUUGUAUUGAAAGUAGAUUUUGCUAAACAACUGGUGAUACUAGAUGAGGAAUAUGAGGACUGUACAGUAGAGGAGGUUGCCAAUGAACUUCCCGCUUCUCAGCCUCGAUAUGUCGUCCUCAGCUAUGUACACAAUCAUCAGGAUGGAAGAGUGUCCUAUCCACUCAUAUUCAUUUUCUGCACACCCCAAGGGUGUAAACCAGAACAUCAAAUGAUGUAUGCAGGCACAAAGUUGGGAUUAGUGAAUGCAGCUAAAUUUACAAAGGUGUUUGAAAUCAGAAAUCCUGAGGAGCUAACAGAAGAAUUCAUUCUAGAAAAGCUGCAGUUGUUCAGAUAGGGUGUCUGUGUUAUUUGUGUGGUUGCUGAAUGGCAGACAUUUGUGACUGAGAGGCUGCAGGAGCAGGACAGCUCACUGUCUCCAUGGAUACGCUAUGAGGAGUCUGCAUAAGCUCAUCUCAGUGUAAUCAUAGCUUAGUCUUGUUGCCAUUUAUGGUUUGAAAUUUGUUUUAAGGAAAUACUUUCUGAUUCCUGUUUUUAUUACUUUGAUAUAUGGAUAGGUUUGGGAAGUUGUAUAAAUACAUAAUAGUCACCCAACAAUAGCGAUUGUAGUGUCUCAGAGAUUCUGCACUGCUUACUUUGUUUUCACCUGUUAGCUAACAAAUCUCUUCGAAACUUGACACAGCCUAAAAUGAUAUGUGUUGAAGUCCACAUCAACAGUACAAAAGACCUGAUUACUGCUGCGGUAAGUGUACCUCUGUGCUGCUGCUCCUGACAUGUUGCUACACAAAGCUACUGUUGCCUCACAGUGCUUUCCUAUUAGAUCCUGUUCCAAACCUGCAUCAGACUCACAUGCUCAAGCAGGCAUUGUCGUCUUAUGAUAAAUGCAAUGUGUUUAACUUCCUAGGGAUGAUUGACUUAGAAUUAAUAUUGUGCACCAGUAUCUUUACAUGUCAAUUGGGACACCAGUCUGCUAGAAUAUUCAUACCAGCCAUAGCACGGAGAGUUGCAUGUUCACACUAGUAUAUGUGCACAUUUGAAAACAAGCUCUGUGAUAAGGUUACUGCAGCUAAUCCAGAUAUUCCUUAAUAUAAACUAAUGUCCAACAUCUCUCUUUCUGAAACUGCUCAUUUAGAACUGAGGAAACAUUUUCUGAAGAAGAUACAUUGCUUGCCAAUUUUAAUGUCUUAUGUGUUAUUGUACAUGAUAAUCAUGUUGAUUCAAGCAUUCCUUCUCUCGUGGGCAUGAUAUAGAAAGCAUUCAUUUACCUCUCCAGUCUGCACUUCAGUCUGCAUCGAUGUCGGUCAGUUUUGACCCGACGCCGCAGUAGUCAACUCCACUGUACACCCGAAUAGUCAACUCUGUGUAACAAUUGGGCAAGGUCUCUUCUUUUGUCAAACUAGAUAUGUAGUGUGUUGUAAAUGUAAUGUUUUUGUGCUUGUUUUGAGGAUUUUGACACUAUAAACUUGAGUUCUUAGGUGACUGACAUAGCAUAGCAUAUCCCCACAUUGUGUUGGCAGCCUGCGUACAGGCCUAGGAAACUCAAAAAUGAUUAAAGGAAAUUAGCCUUGCUCUUUGAAAAUGUUUGAUUGAGGAAACUAUGUGAAUUAUGUUAUAUUAUAUGCUAAAUGUCUUUUACAAAAACCUUAAAUAUCCUAAGUACUCAAACUGUUUUUCGAUCAAAUAAUAUGUUGAUGGGACCAAUCACCACCAAAUGAGAAUAUAUCAUGAAUAUUGUAGGAAAUAUUUAAGCUAUUAGAUCAGCCUGUAAGUAACAAGCACCCCAGUGUCAGACCUAAACAUUGCAUGACAGUUCAUGUUAACUGAUUUUUAGAAAACUACAGCACUUGUGCAUAUGACUGCCCAGAUGUUAAUUAUUUUUUUUAUUCGUCCACUUUUGAACUAAAUUUGUUCACUAUAUAUGUUUGAAAACAAAUAUCAUCGUACAUAAACAUACAUUAUGUAUGGUUAUUAUAAGCCACAUUAUGACAAAUGUGAUACAUGAGAGUUUGUUUUAAAGAUUGGGAACAUACCUAACAUUGGACUGCUGUUAUACUUUGCUACCUCCUGCCUCACGUGUGCUCAGUGUAGUUCAGUUGCCUGUUGAGAUCUACUGUAUUAAACAAUAAACCAUUACAGUUGCCUGUUGAGAUCUACUGUAUUAAACAAUAAACCAUUA